AUGUCCGAAGCUAAUCAAUCCCAACCCGGGGCCCACGAGCUAUACUCUCCAUUGCCAGCAGGGAAAUGGACCCGCCUUCUGCUCCUAGAGCCAGGAGCUAUAGGCGACCCUAUAGACUGUUCUCUCCACGCUGCCAAAUUUGAUACUCAAGCGUACGACGCGAUAUCAUACGUUUGGGGUAACCCCGGAGACGCCCGCUCGAUUCAUUGUCAAGGCCAUGAACUCGAAAUCACUGCUAAUCUCUUCCAAGCUCUGCGCCAGAUGAGACAUCCUCGCGAGCCAAUACGCAUAUGGGCCGAUGCCUUGUGCAUCAAUCAGGCGGACUUGGCAGAGAAGAGCUUCCAUGUCAACAUGAUGGGCGACAUUUACGUGCAUGCCCAGCGGGUCGUGGUGUGUCUCGGUGACGACGGCCAGAACGGCGAAGCCGCAGAUGUCGCGUUCAGUGUCAUCAAGGAUUACAACCACAUUGCCGCGAAGUACCUGUCGGAAGACCUGCUCAACAGCAGAGAGUGGUGGAAACCAGACGAUGGUUACGGUCCUGUCACUACUGCCCGGCUGCAGAACGUACUCCCUGUAUUUACACACCCCUGGUUUGAGCGGGUUUGGGUCCUUCAGGAGAUUGGGCUUGCGAAGAACGCGGUGCUUGCCUACGGCUCCUCGAUGAUUGACUUUGCUGAGGUUAUGGAUUUCGUGCAGGCAUGGGCGAAGACAGGCUCCUCCUUUCCAGGCGUAUCUAUCAGGACAGGCCAUAUCUCGGACCUCUUCAGAUACAUCUGGUCCUCGUACGUCAAGGAUGACAAAAAUUCCUGGUUCAAGUCCUCCUGCAUACUUAGGGUCCUGUUCCAGCGGUCAUUGAAAAGUGCAAAACUUGACUUUUUAGAUGUGCUCUUCAGGGCGAGACACAUUCAAAAGGCUACAGACCAUAGGGACUUCGUUUAUGCUUUCCUCGGACACCCUCUUGCAAGGUCGGAUGACGGAGAGCUCUUGGUCAUGGCAGACUACACGAAAAGUCUGUCAGAACUGCGGCUCUGCUUGUUUUCCGGGCUGAGUGCCCACUCGCUGCGGUUCCUUGGCCUAGUAUGGCACAGUAUCCCUGACGAACUCGCCAGUGGACCGUCGUGGUGCCCCCAGUUGGAUGCUCGUCGGGCUUGGGCUAUCAACGGCAGAUAUGAAGCCAGUCGGGGGGAGGACAUGACCUCAGUAGGCAAGUUACCCCCACAAGUCGAUGGAUUAUUUCUCGAGCUCAGCCUGUAUCUUAUUGACACGACCGGUUUCCGCGGAGAUGUCGCCGCAAGGGAGACAGGCGAUGGCGGGGAGCCUGGCUACCGCAUCGCAGAGUCAAUGCUCACCGAACGCCCUAGUCUUGCGGAAACGUACUGGUCGCUCUUGGAGGAAGCAGAGACCUGCCAUGGUCUAGCUUACGAAGACAAGGCAUUUGCUUUUGCAAGUACCCUUUUGGCCAUUAUGGAGGAAGAGGAUGGCCCAUCUAUUGCUCGUAGUUUUGCAGACUUUUGA